GUUGUGCUGGGGGUGAACUUCGUGCUGCAGACGCAGCGGCACCACCCUCUUCUGCCUCGGUUCACGCACGCGGCGGGCGUGCUGCAGGAGGAGGCGGUGGAGCUGGUGCUGGACCCCCCGGCGGGAGGGAUGCGUGGCUGCCACAACGCUCCGCAAGUUGCCGGAU